CCACCCUUUUCAGCAGCUUUUCAGGAAAAAACCUGUCAUUUCUGCAUUUGUCGAUUUCAUUACUGUAACAGUUCCCGAGAACGACCAACAGGACGGCAUCUUACCUGCUGUAGACAUCAUGCAUAAGUUUUUCUCCCGAUUCAAUGGCCCAUGUUUGGAUCGAGUAAAAUACUCCUACAAUGCCUUUACUGGCUUGGCCAAAUUCCAUCGGCCUAGUGGUGCAUUAUUUAAAAAGUCUGCAGUGAAACACCCACCCCCUGACCUCCCUGAGAUGCCCUCAUGUAGCUUUAAUCCAGAAGAAUACAAGGACAUGUCCAAAGAGCGUAUGAUGGAGAUUCGGAGGCAGAACUGCAACCCAAUGACCAUGAAAGUGACCUACUACAAGAAGCCAGUGUACAUCCACCAGGGACACAUGCAGUGGCUGUGGGACGUGGACGGGAGGCGCUACCUGGACCUGUUCGCUGGCGUUGCCACUGUCAGCGUGGGGCACUGCCACCCAAAGGUAACGUCGGCGGCAGAGAAGCAGCUGAGAAAGCUGUGGCACACGACUAACAUCUACGUGUAUUCCCCUCUGCAUGAGUACACCGAGAAGCUAGCUGCCACCCUGCCAGACCCGCUGAAGGUUAUCUACCUGACAAACAGUGGCUCUGAGGCCAACGACCUGGCUAUGCUCAUGGCUAGGCUACACACAGGAAACUUUGACGUCAUCACACUGAGGGGGUCCUACCAUGGUGGCAGUCCACAUACUAUGGGUCUCACCUCCAAUGCAGCCUAUAAGUAUCCUGUUGCCUCUGGGUUAGGCUGCCACAAUACCAUGUGUCCUGAUGUAUUUGCUGGCCCAUGGGGAGGAAGCAACUGUAGAGACUCCCCAAUCCAGACCAUUAGGGACUGUAGCUGUCCUCAAGGAUCGUGUACCGCGAAUGACAAAUACAUUGGGCAGCUGAACGAGGUCUUUGCCACCAGCGUUCCCAGUCGUAUCGCUGCGUUCUUCGCUGAACCUAUCAUGGGAGUUGGAGGAGCUGUCCAAUACCCCAAGAACUUCCUCAAGGACACCUACAAACUUGUGAGGGAGAGAGGUGGGGUCUGCAUUGCAGAUGAGGUCCAGACAGGGUUUGGCCGCACAGGAAGUCACUUCUGGGGGUUCCAAGGUCAUGAUGUCAUACCAGACAUGGUCACCAUGGCAAAGGGCAUCGCUAAUGGAUUUCCUAUGGGAGCGGUUGUCACGACACCUGAGGUGGCCGCUUCAUUUGCCAAGGGAGUUCACUUCAACACGUUCGGUGGUAAUCCUGUGGCAUGUGCCAUCGCCUCAUCUGUUCUGGAUACCAUGGAGGAGGACGGCACGCAGCAGAUCAGCCACAACGUGGGGACUUAUCUGCUGACAGAGCUGGCCAAGAUGAGGGACAAGUAUGAGAUCAUUGGGGAUGUCCGAGGGAAGGGACUGCAGAUUGGAGUGGAGAUGGUGAAAGAUAAGGCGAGCCGCAAACCUCUCCCACCAGCAGCCAUGAGCGAGAUUUUCGAAGACACCAAAGACAUGGGUGUUCUGAUUGGGAAGGGAGGAGUGUAUGGACAGACGUUCCGGAUCAAGCCCCCUAUGUGUAUCACCAGGGACGAUGCAGACUUCUUCUUGGCUGUGUUUAACCAGGCUUUACACAACUACAUGGAAGAUCAUCAUUAGGCCUGGCUUUCACCCGGUCACUUCUUUCAGAUAGAUCAAAGGAGGAGUACAGAUUUUAGGCAAUUGAGAAAAAGACAGGCACUUCAAUCACCAUUCAUGCAUGUGCAAAUGAAAGACGCUAGAGUACCCUCAUCUCUCCCACACGAUGCGAGACAUCAACGCUCAAGAGCCCUACGUACAACAUGCACGAAGAUGGCGUUUGAGGUAGCCUGGACCCAGGUCUGUUUUGUCUUGCAUCACCACGAUCAUAGGAGUUGGGUUUUACAGCACCAACAGAUCUGGGACCAGGCUAGCGUUGGGGUGUCAGUCCACUGGAGAUGAGCCUUAAUCAGAUUUAGAUAUGGUACCAUGCUUUCUGUUGUUCAAAUUGACGACAUGUAGACACUGGCUGGAAUGCAGUUUUAACCAAUCAGUGUUCAGGAUUAGACUCACCCGUUGUAUAAUGUUCAAAUUGACUACAUGUAGACACUGGCUGGAAUGCAGUUUUAACCAAUCAGGAUUAGACUCACCUGUUGUAUAAUGUUCAAAAUGACUACAUGUAGACACUGGCUAGAAUGCAGUUUUAACCAAUCAGUGUUCAGGAUUAGACUCACCUGUUGUAUAAUGUUCAAAUUGACUACAUGUAGACACUGGCUGGAAUGCAGUUAUAACCAAUCAGGAUUAGACUCACCUGUUGUAUAAUGUUCAAAAUGACUACAUGUAACUUUUGAGGCACACAAAUGAGUUGAUUGUAAUCAUAUGUAGAAAACCUAGAGGGAAAAACUGUUUAUGUGAAGAUUUACUGACACCUGUUUGUCUCUGUACUGGAACUAAUUUUGUUGUAGGUUUAAAAUGUGUUUAUUUAAAAAAAAAUGUUAUUGAUUAGUCUUAACUGUGAAUAUAUUCACUUUUAACCUCAGGAAAGGAAACUAGUCCAAUAAAACCAUGGUACACCUGCCCACAUACUGCCAGUGAGAGGGCCAUGGACAAACUUUGGGUCAAAAUCUGAAAUAAAGCCGACCAGUAUUUUA